GGGGAACCAAACCGCCAUCUUGGCUCUAAACAAAAAGCAAAGUUAUAAAACAAGCGUUCUCUGUAAUUUAUUCGGUAAAACUGUUGAAUGUUAUUUAUAAGGAUACUAACGAGUCCCACGUGAAUGUAUCGAUCUUUGAGGAUAUUUCAUAAUAAAUGUUUGUUUCCAUGGUAACAUUGUCACGCUGCUGUUCAACAUGGAGUUUAUGGGUAGCAGUUAUAAUGGAGAUUACAAAAAUGGAAGGAUGGAGGGGAUGGGGGAGUAUACAAUUCCCACACAGACUAGAUAUGUUGGAGAGAUGAAAGACGGCAUGUUUCAUGGAAAAGGAGUGCUACAUUUUCCCAAUGGAAGCAAAUAUGAAGGAGUUUGGGAGAAAGGAAUAUCCAAACAGGGAAAGUACACAUUUUCAGAUGGUCUGGAGUACGAAGAGAGCAACUGGGAUUACUGUGUUGGCAAAGAUAGACGGUUCUUCUCUGAGAGGUGUAAGGGCCUGAAACCAGCAGGCGAAUCCCAGUGUACUGAUCGGGACCCCCCGCGGGUCAUCCCUGAUGGUUGCUAUGACAGCGGUGAUGGCUUUUAUGAUCCUAACACCAGAGUUGUCAAGGACUACGACAGUAAUUUUCUCAGGAACACAGAUGACCGAGAGCACGAGUGGAUUGUGAGGACCUGCAGGAAGGGCUGGGAUGAGUGCAUUGGCCAUUAUCCAAGAAACAGCACACUGGAAGACAAAACACGGGAGACAGGAUAAAUCCUGUGAUGUGGCCUGACAGGGAAUUCCUG